ACUUAAUACGUCAGUCAAUUUUGAUAAGUAUAAAAAAUUCCUAGUGCAAGAGAACUUCAAAUUAUUAGUACAAACCGUAUUUUUUCAAUAUGAAUAUGAAUAAAAGAGAUGAUUGUUUUUGUCCAAAAUCUCUUCUAUCUAAACAAAAUAAUCCUGAAGUGACUACCAGUAAUUUUACAUCAAGCAAUCAACCAGUGUCGCGUUCAACAGUAAAUGCAGAUGACAUCGAUAUAGAUGCUAUAGAAGAGGUACCAGAUGAAUUUUGUAAUCCUGAUUCUCCGGUAAUAGUUUCAUUUGACGAAGUUAAAAAAGCUGAAGAAGCCAUAAAGGACGGAGUAGUACAUACACCCUUUGCACGAUCAUAUCAUUUAUCAAAAUUGUUUGGCAUGGAGAUAUAUUUAAAGUAUGAUUUUAAGCAAAUUACGGGAAGUUUCAAAGAUAGAGGAGCACGAUAUGCUUGUCUUAAUCUAACAGACGAACAGAGAAGGGCUGGAGUUAUUACAGCUUCUGCAGGAAACCAUGCUCAAGCCAUGUCCUACCAUGGAACAUCUUUGGGGGUUCCCGUUACAGUUGUUAUGCCUGUCACUUCCCCCAUCAUGAAGAUCACUAAAUGCAGAGAUUAUGGAUCUAACGUUAUACUAAAAGGGAAACAUUAUGGAGAGGCCAGAAAAGUUGCUUUAUACUUGGCAAAAAAGCAUAACAUGGUUUUUAUAAACGGUUAUGAUCAUCCAAAUGUCAUUGCUGGACAAGGUUCCGUGGGUAUGGAGAUAUGUCGCGACUUGCCAGAUGUUGAUGUAGUUGUAGUACCAACAGGUGGAGGUGGUCUCUUGUCAGGAAUAUGUGUUGCUGUUAAAGGGAUGAAUCCUCAAUCUAAAAUAAUUGCAGUAGAAGCUGAGCGUGCAGCUGGUUUCAAGAACGCCAUGGAUCAUGGAAGACCUACUGAUACAACAAUACUACCGUCACUGGCUGAUGGACUUUCAGUGCCUUGUGUAGGAUAUAAUGCGUUCGCUACAGCUCAACCCCAUAUAGAAAAAGUUAUUAGCUUAAAAGAAAACUGUAUCGCCCUUGGCAUUUUAAGACUCGUAGAAAUGGAAAAGGUAGUCGUAGAAGGUUCGGGAGCAUCAGGAGUAGCAGCCAUAUUAGGCGGACAUUUGAAUGAAUAUAAAGGCAAAAAAAUCGCUAUAGUACUAUCUGGUGGAAAUAUCGACACAUCAGUUUUGGGUAGAGUUCUGGAAAGAGGCCUUGCAGCAGACGGAAGAUACAUAAAAGUAAAAGUAACUGUCAGAGACAGAGCAGGUGGAGUAUCUGAACUUUUGACUGAUAUUAGUGAUAAUGGAGUUGGCAUUAAGCAUGUUAUGCAUGAAAGAGCAUGGGUUACUUCAGAUGUGUACAGUGUUUUGGUUAAAUGUAUACUUGAAACAAGAGAUUAUCAGCAUAGUUUGGACCUGAAGGAAGCUUUACACAAGAAAUAUGAUUUGGUGGAGUUUGUAGACUUUCCUUCUGCGCCACCUGGAACUGUUCCUUGCUAAACUAUUUACCAAUACCAUUGUCUGAUUGUUAUUUAUAUACACCCCAAAUAAACUAUUUUCGUAAAAUAA